CAGGCGCCUGUAAGUCAGGGAUGUAUGGUUUGGACUGUAGCUACACCUGUCACUGUGACGCUGCCAACUGCACUGCUAUUAAAGGUUGUUCUGGUAGUUGCCAGGAAGGAUGGUCUUGACCAAGAUGUACAACAGAAAAUAUAGCUUUACGGAAAACUGCCUACCAGAGUUCAUACAUCACAGGAUAUACACAUGUCGCUGUGCUUGCUGUAGAUGGCGACCGUCGCGCUGAUGGAGGAAGAUAGAGUUCGGAGAAACGGUGUUCAUAUAUACAGCUCAACAGAAGCCAACCAAUCGAAUACGGGUCAUUUGUGUGGUGCAACCACUGUAAGCAGUCCAGGUGUGACAACUGUUACAUGUGGCAGUACAGCCAGAUACAUCACACUCUACCGGGAAAACGGUGACAACAUAAUGGACUUUUGUGAAGUAGAAGUGUAUGUUUGUGAUGCUGGCACUUUCGGUGAUGACUGUAGCCAGUUCUGUCACUGUCGAGAUGGACCGUGUAACUACACAACUGGAUACUGUACAGGAGGAUGUAAACCAAACUGGACUGGCUCGAACUGUAGUGGUUGUGAUUCCAGUCACUAUGGUGUCUUGUGCAGUAAACAAUGUUCCAGUAGACAUUGUGACGAAACAACCGGGGUAUCAUCUUGUGACGUCAGAGGGUCAUGCCACAGGGGAUGUGACCCAGGAUGGAAGGGAACAGACUGUUUGGAAAAGUGCCCUGAUGGUCAAUACGAAAAAGCUUGUGGAAAAUCGUGUGCGGAUCGGAACUGUCUGGAUAGCUCCAAUUCCUGUGAUCACGUGACUGGAGAGUGUGAUAGCGGCUGUCAACGAGGAUAUCAGUCUGUUGAUUGUACCGAGC